CUCAUCUGGGAUGGGUGGCAGGGGUAGGGGAGACCUCAGAGGCUGGAGGGACAGGAGGAGGCGGGCCGGGCCCUUCCCCCAGAGCCGGGGAAGAGGCGUCGCCAGGGCGCAGGUGAAACCGACUCCGACCUAUCCCGGGAACUUUCGCAGCAGAGACUCGCUGCGCGAGGCGCGCAUCGCGCAGGGGCUGCCUGGGAGCCGCCCUCUCCCACCCUGGGCUGUGCGCGGGGGCUCAGCCCCGGGGCCUCUUCCCGGGGGACCCGCGGCCCUCUUGGCACGUUCUGGGGCUGCAAGCAGGCCGCGGCUGAUGGAGGCGGGUGGCGCCGCCCCGGGCGCAGGUGACAGACGCCAGGCCAGGGUUUCUGUUGGCGGGGGAGAGCGCAGGGAGGGCGAGACGCAGACACCUCGGGGCCAGGGGACGACGGGGCAGCGAUGGCCCGAGAGUUGAGCCAAGAGGCACUACUGGACUUUCUGUGCCAGGCCGGGGGCCGAGUGACCAACGCCGCCUUGCUGAGCCACUUCAAGAGCUUCCUCCGAGACCCCGAUACGUCCCCCAGCCUGCACCAGCGCCGCCGCGAGCUUUUCAAGGGCUUCGUCAACUCGGUGGCCGCAGUGCGCCAGGACCCCGACGGCACCAAGUACGUGGUGCUCAAGAGGAGGUACAGGGACCUUUUGGGGGAGGAGGGGCUGCAGCGACCCAGCGACCCGCCCGCGGCCGCCGCCCCUGCAGGGGGAGCUGCGCCCAGUUUCCCGCUCCUCGCGCGCAGCGGGGAGCCGCCGCCGCCGCCGCAGCAGCAGCAAUCCCGGCGGCGGCGGCGCGAGAAGGAGCUAGAGGAGGAGCCAGCAGGUGCCGCAGACCCGGCCGCCGAGGCAGGUUGCAAUGGACUCCCCGCCAGCGGGGCCCGGAGAGGCGGCCGGCGGAGGGGCAGCUCCGGCCACAGGGCGCCGGUGCCCGCGGCCGCCCAGGACCGCGCGAGGUGCGCGGCGGCCGAGACGCAGGGCCGCCGCUGCUGGGAAUGCCUCCAGAACGGCCUGGGGGGACUCCCGGGCGAGCCGCUGCUCGGCUCACUCCCCGACCCCCCCACCGCCACCGCCAGCGCCUGGGAGAAGCCGGCGCCGGCCCCGCCUGCCCAGGACGACCGCGGGGCUCCCAGGCCGCAGCGGGAAGGUGCGCCCGCGGAGCCCCCGCCGGUGUCCGCCUCACCCCGCUCUCCUCCCACAACCGUCGAGGCUGCUGGGAGCGGGGCUUCCCCACCUGCUCUCCUGUCCUGCCCCACUCCCCGCGGAGAGCCGCCCGAGCUGGUGACCCCGGGCUCCCUGCAUUAUUCUACCCUGCAGAAGCAGCAGCAACGCACUCGAGAGUGGGUGGCCAGACACCCCCAGAUACCCGAGGCCCGAGACCAGGGCCCCAUCCGAGCCUGGUCGCUGCUGCCAGACAACUUCCCCCAGCUACCCUCGGAGCCGGGCUUCUGGGUCCCGGAAUCUAAGCCAGCACCACCGGACCUCCCUCCUCCCCCUCAUUCUCUCUUUCCCGCUGUUUCGGAAUCCUGGCCGGGGAAGUCUCCACUGGCAGUCUUUCGUAGUAUUCGUUGUCAGCUGUCCCUACAAGAUCUGGAGGACUUUGUGGACCAGGAGAGCCACGGCAGUGAGGAGAGCAGCAGUGGACCCAAAGAGUCCCCUGGGGGUUCUGAAGAAGGGCCGCACCUUGCCCCGGGAGCCCCAGAUGGGAGAAGGCUCAGGAAUCCAGCUGGGGCCCCUUCUCCAAAGGAGGGCAGCCCCAGCAGGAGCCUUCAGGGCCUCAGGAACAGAGAGGAUGGUCACCCUUCUCAGCCUGUCCCAAUAGGAGCUGGUUGCCUUGCAGGCCACCCUCAGCCUUUGCCCUGGCCUGUCCCCAAAUUAAGGAGAUCCCUAAGGAGGAGCUCUAGGGCAGAGAGAGCCAAAUUGUCCUCCUCUGAUGAGGAGUGCCUUGAGGAGGAUUUGCUGAAAAGGAGCCGGCGCCCUCCCCGGUCCAGGAAACCCUCGAAGGUGGGAGCAGUGUCCAGCCCAAGGGUGGAUGCCGCUUUGACACCAAAACCUGCAGACAUUAAGGCUACUGUUGUUGAGUGUGGUCAUCCACACAGCUCAUGGGCCCCUGGAGGGGAGAGGCCUGCAGCCUUGAUCCCCGCCAGAUCUUCUGAGCACAAGUCAUCCCUGGUCCCUCUUGAUGCCAGGGAGCAUGAAUGGAUUGUGAAGCUUGCCAGUGGCUGUUGGAUUCAGGUGUUGACUUUGUUCUGGGAGGACCCCCAGCUGGCUUUGCACAAAGACUUUUUGACUGGGUACACUGCCUUGCACUGGAUAGCCAAACACGGUGACCUCAGGGCCCUUCAGGACUUGGUCUCAGGCGCACAGAAAGCAGGGAUUGCUCUUGAUGUAAAUGUGAAGUCCAGUUGUGGGUAUACCCCGCUGCACCUUGCAGCCAUUCACGGCCACCAGGGGAUCAUCAAGUUGCUAGUGCAAAGGUUGGCGUCUCGUGUGAACGUCCGGGACAGCAGUGGGAAGAAGCCUUGGCAGUAUCUGACCAGUAAUACCUCUGGAGAAAUAUGGCAGCUACUGGAAGCCCCACGGGGCAAGCCCAUUUUUUCCACCUAUCCCUUGGUUCGAAGCUCUUCCCCCACCAGGAAGGCCAAGAGCCGGGAAAUAUCUAGAAAUGUCACUCGAAAGACUUCCUUUGCUGCACUGCUCAAAAGUCAGCACAGCAAAUGGAAGUCAGCCAACCAGUAUGAGAAAUUCCCCAGUCUAAGGGAAAGAGAAGAGUAUAGUGACUGAGGGGGGCCCCUCUCUCCAACAUGGCCUCCACACCCCCAUCCUUGAGCUAUUCAGUCAGAGAAUCCAGGGGGAAUGGAAAAAUUGCUAGGGAAUUGGUCGAGAGGCCAAGUGAGAUGGCCUACCUAGUGUUUACCUCCCUGGAUUCUGCGUCAGCACAUCCUGGACCUCAGAGGUCGUCCAAGCUGUCUGACGGCUCAAGUCCUUGGGCCAGUGAACGUAGACAAGGAGCAGAGUCAGGUGCUUAAAACCCGGCUGUUCUUCUCCUUCCCUUGCCAUCACAGAUCCGGGCACAGCAGGCCACACUAUUCUCCCAAGCAGCUAUCCCAGGCCUUGGCUAGAGAGGAAACAGAUGUCUAACAAGAAGAGAGGCAAUUCAAGGAACUGAUGAAGCUCAAACAAAAUCCUCUCUCUAGCUAGGAGCUCUCUGGCUUCCAUUCAUUUGGAGAACAAAUCUUGGCUGAGAGUGGAAAACACCAGGUUUGAAAUCAGAUGGCUCCUCUUCUUUCCCUUUUUUUUUUUUUUUUUUUUGGCAUUCAAAUCUGUGCAGUAAAAUUAUUACUGGAGAGUAGAAGUUGCUUUAAGAGAUUCCUCUGCCCCAUCGUCAGGUCUUUCUUUGAAUGCAACCUUUGGUGGCCAGCACAAGAAAUGAUUAAUGCCUCGUUUUAGAGAAGCAGUUGGGUAAGAUCCAGUUGUGACUGACAUUCAGACCCUGCUUUUUUUAAAAAAAACAUCAACCUGAGGGGAACUUUCCAAAUGUAAAAACUGUAUGGCUCAUUUGCAUAGUGACUGAAACCAUCUUUUAUGGAAACUCCCUGUGUAACAAACAGCAGAAUUAGCAUCAGUAGUUUUCAGUAGGUUUGAAUGGCCAAUGUUCAUGCUCAUGAAAAGUGAGAAAUGAUUUUGUUCUGGGGAUGCAGUAAGGGUUAUGAGGUGAAUGCCUCCCCACCAGGAAUUUUCUAAGCUGCUAAAUAUAGUUUUAUUUGCACUAAACAUUUUGCCAAUUAAGAUUAAAUAUUAACCUUGAAGUGCUGUAUCUCUAACAGGAAGUGGUCCUUUUGUUUGCUUGUGAUGGGACUGAUCUUUGUGGGUCCAUGGAAUGAGAGAAUGGCUAGUUUAUAAACUGCAGUAGAAAAUCAAGAUUUCAGAAUGUAAAUUCAAAGAGGGCUGAAAGGUGAAGUGUCUAAGAGGAAAUAGUUAAUUUUUUAUGGAAAUGUUCUCAUGUGCUGUGGCAAUGAUGUUGUAUUUUAAAGUAUUUUUGUGUUUCUUCUGGCUAUUUUCCCCCAUUAAAAUAUCAACAGAUCUUUAUAAUUUAUUGUACUUAUGCUGAUUAUUGUUAACUUUCUGCCUUACAAAAUUGUGACUCAGUGAGUAUCAAAUAUUUUUGUUUCUUUGUAGUUUUACUUUAUAAUUUUGCUGAAAUAAAUAUCUGUUCUAUUAGAAAACAAACAAAAAAUAGGCAGAAUAAAUAAAUCUAAGGGUUGCUUUUCUCCAAAAAGACCUAUACAAGGGAUGAAACUUUGGCAAAUCACAUCAAGAAAAAA